CCGCUGGUCAGUUUUUAAAUAAAAGCGCCACCGCGAAGACCGUCCACAGCGAGAGUCAGGAGUGAUCGGAGUGGAGGCGUAGUAUUUUCUAGUGACAACCACUAAACGUCAGCAGCAAGCGAAAUCGGGGGUCGUUUGUUGUUAUUUUUAGUAGAUCGCUCAUGCUGCCAGCAUAAAUUCCUGCUCCAUCGUCCGUCCAUAACGCGAAAGCGCGCCCUUCCUUAUUUCCAACAGGUACUACCGUGUACUACCGUACGUAGAAAAUGAAUAACAACAUUAACGGAACAGUGGACGGGCGUAAUACGGUGGAAUACUCCUCGUUAGAUGCAUCAGUGAAGGAGCUUAUCGAGGCCGCGAUUAAAGUGCGUAACCACGCUUACUGUCCUUACAGUAACUUUGCCGUGGGAGCAGCACUAAGAACUGUGGCGGGAGAUAUCGUAACCGGAUGCAAUGUGGAGAAUGGCACGUUCGGACCAAGCGUAUGCGCCGAACGGACGGCAGUAUGUAAAGCCGUUAGUGAGGGACAUCGGGAGUUUACCGCCGUGGCUGUGGUAGCUUUCCAGGAAACGGAGUUUACGGCACCCUGCGGGACCUGCCGUCAGACUCUGUCCGAGUUCAGCCGUAAAGAUAUUCCCAUCUAUCUAGUCAAACCAUCGCCGGUGCGUGUGAUGGUUACAUCCCUCUUUCAAUUGCUGCCCCAUGCCUUUUCCCCCACCUUCUUGAACAAGUAACGGCUUCAUCCGUCCCGUCCUCGAAAUCCGUGAUCGUAACUCACUCGAACAAGGUGCGCGACAAAGGGAGGCACAGAAUUAUCAGCAAUUACGUCAAGAGAAUUAUGGCGCGGGUGUGUCUGGUUGCGUUAUCUGUAAAUUAACUUAAGCUUUAAUCGGGCAAUCUUAUCUGACCAAGACCGUUUGUACGCUUUGUUGUUGUUUUUUUUUAUCCAAAGAAUGGUAAUAAACUUUUGUUUUCAUGAG